AUGGCGCAGACAGCAGCAUACGGCUCGUGGGCGAGUCCCAUCACGGCCGAUAUGUUGACGCAGAUGAACGUCACAUUAAGCGAUGUCGCAGCGACCUCCGAUGGAUCUAUCUAUGUAUCCGAAGGAAGACCGUUCGAAGGCGGCCGGAACUGUAUCGUCAAGUACUCCGAGGGGGUGAUGGAGGAUGCCCUGCCGAAAGAGUAUGAUGCACGCAGUCGAGUGCACGAAUACGGCGGCAAGGGGAUGACAGCGAGUGCGACGACGGGGCAGAUCGUCUUCACCGACGUCAAGACGUCCGGUCUGUAUCUGCUGGACAGCGCGACAGGCUCCGUCGACCGCUUGACGGCUCCCUCGGACACGCUGCGUUAUGUGUGCACUUCUGUGCGUGCAUCCAGCAAGACUGGCAAGAUCGACUGGAUCCUGGCUGUCGAGGAAGACCACACGAAACCAGCGCCAGCGGACGUCCGGAACACGGUCGUGGCCAUCAACGUGGGGACAAAGCAGGCCGUGACGCUUCUCCAGGGCGCAGACUUCUACAGCUACGCCCACUUCUCGCCGGACGGCACCGAGGUCUGCUGGGUGCAAUGGAACCACCCGGACAUGCCCUGGACGGGGACUCUGCUGUGGACGGCUCGCUGGGCGGACGGGGGAGAGCUCUCCCAGGCUCGCCAGGUGGCCGGAAAGGCACAGUCGGAGAGCAUCACCCAGCCUCGAUACGGACCAGAUGGCACACUGUACUUUGUGGGCGACAGGACGGGAUUCUGGCAGCUGUACCGUCUGCCACGGGGGUCUUCACAGCCAACACCGAUCCCAUUGAAGGGCCUGGAAGAGGCGGAAUUUGCUGGUCCGGAUUGGUUCAUGGGGAAUUCCACUUAUACCUGCCUGACUUCUCGCCAGCUGGUCGCAGCCUAUGUGCGCAACGCGCAGUGGUCGUUCAUUCUGGUCGACCUCGACAACGACUCGUAUAGGGAGCUGAAUGUGCCCAUUACAGACCAAGUCCAGAUUGCCGAGUGUCCCCUGUCGGACACCAGCGUUGCUGUUCUCGCCUCCUCGAGCACCAGCGUGCAUACUCUAUACACGAUGACCAUUGGCGACACUGCGGUUCUCAAAGCUAUAAAGAAAUCAUCCGAUCUUGCCGUCCCAGAGACCGUGUAUUCCAUCGCGCAGCACAUCUCCUUCCCACGCGUGCAUGGUACAUACCGUCAAGGAGAAUGCCAUGCCGUCUUCCUUCCGCCACACAACCCAGAGUAUCAGGCUCCGCAAGGGACGCUGCCUCCUGUUGUCGUGUCUCUGCAUGGUGGUCCGACCUCCCAUUCUGGACCGGGACUAUCGCUCGCCGACCAGUACUGGACCACUCGUGGGUACGCCAUUGUCUGGGUGAACUACGGCGGUAGUUCAGGCUAUGGCCGUGCGUAUCGAGACCUUCUGAACGCCAGAUGGGGCGAGCUUGAUAUCGCCGACACUGCCAGCUGCAUCAGCUACAUGGCCUCCAGCUCCCGGAUUGACGGCACCCAAGUCGGGAUCUGCGGCGGCAGCGCAGGAGGAUACGGCGUCCUGCAGGCGCUGUGCGACUAUCCCGAGCUGAUCGCGGGGGGGGCGUCGCUAUACGGGAUUGCCAACCUGCGCACUCUCUGCGUCGACACGCACAAGUUCGAAAGCCACUAUGCGUAUAACCUGCUGUUCCCGCCCGAGACGAGCGAAGAAGACCGCGAGAAGGUCUUCAACGACCGUAGCCCGUGCUACCACGCGGACCGGAUCAGGGCGCCCCUCUUGCUUCUGCAGGGAGAAGACGACAACGUUGUUCCCCUCAGUCAGGCGCAGGAUAUGGAGAAAGUCAUGCUGGAGAACCAUCGCGAGGUCAAGCUGGUCGUCUUCAAGGGCGAAGGGCAUGGGUUCCGCCAGGCAGCGAGUAAACGCCGUGUUCUCGAUGAGGAGGAGGAGUGGUGGAAGAAGAACCUUCUCAAGACGGAGGUUUAA